AUGACUCAAAAAAAGGAACUAAAAAAGAAUUCACUUUUUUCAUUACCUACAAGUGGAGAAAAAUAUUUUUCUCUUUCACGAUUGGUUAAACAAGAAAAUAAAAAAUCGUUCGAUUGGUAUACCGUAUAUACUACAACAUUGCCCAUAACGAUGUCGUCUGAAAAUAAAUAUAAAGAUUCCCUGGAAGCAUCGUUGAAUGGCGUGACAGAUCGUCGAGUGUAUCGAGAGGAAACACAACUUUCUACCUAUCAUUAUGUUGAUGGAGAGAAUACUGCAACUGACACUCGGGAAAGCCGUUGUAUUCGCUUUGUGUACUCAUCUGAUACGACAUCUCCAGCAGCGUCGUCAACUGUCGUUUCUGACGUUGAUACUCCCGUCACUACUAAAUAUAUGGCACGUGUUGUACUGCACGAUAUUCAUAAAGGAUGCAGUAAAUUUAGCUGUGAUACUUUGUAUACAACACAAGAUGGUACAAAAUCAAUUGCCAGUAUUCUCUUUUAUCAUCCAGGAUUCGCUACAUACCAAGGAAGGGUUUAUCGUGGUAUGUUCGGUCCAAGAGAAUUAGCAAAUAUUCAGGUACCUGAAGUAGCUGAUAUAUUUGCAGGGUAUAAUCGAACAAAGCAAAAACUUGAUCGAGAAGGUAAAGAAGGCGAAGUAUCAAUUGGUUGUACAUUCAUAAUUAAAAAUAUUAAUGGACAUCGUCGAGCAUUAGAUAUAAGUGUUGAAGCAGCUUUAAGUCGUGAUCUAUGGGCACUUAAACUCUUCGACUCAUGGGGUAAACCCUUGCCAUCUGGUGUGCUCAAAGGAAAUAUGCUGUGGACAGGUAAUUAUAAUGAAUGUCUCGAUUCAUUAUAUCAACCAGCGAACAAAACUUUCUUAUCACAACCGUUUGUUGAGCAAUAUUGUAUUCUAUCUCCAAAUGAAACAAUAUUAGAAGGAACGAUAUCUUCUGGACUUACUCUUGGCAUUUGUGUGCCUUCAUCGUGUGAUCGUCAAUCUAUUGUUAGAUUAGCUCGAAAUUUAUUCAAAAAAGAUAAUAUUACCGAAAAUAAUCUUCUCUGUUCGAAUGAUGCUGCCAGUAAACAAAAGAAUCUGCCUCGUGGUGUAGUGAUCACAUGUGUCGUUCUCUCGCUACUUGGUCUUCUCGUGUUCAUUGGUACUAUUGUUGAUCUGAUUCUUGCUUGUCGUUUUGAAUCAAUCAAUCCUGUUUCAUCACACAUCAAUGGAUACAAUGUCAUAUCGGAUAUCGGACCGACCAACAGUAAAUCGAUAAUAUCAUCGGGAUAUUUAUGUUUUUCUAUUCAAACUCUUUUGAGUGCAACACCUCAAAGUAUAUUCAUUGCUCAAUUUUCGGCUAUACGUACAUUACGGCGUAUUUUUACUAUGGAAAAGAAAGAUGACGAAAAUUCGCUGGCUUUUAUUCAUGGUCUUCGUGUACUUUCUCUUUUCUGGGUUAUUUUCGGUCAUUCAAUUUUAUUUAAUCUAUUCUAUACAAAUAAUAUUAUCGAUGUUCUUUCUUGGUCUCAUAAUAUAGCGUUUCAAUUAAUUUCUAACGGUGUGUUGAGUGUAGAUACAUUUUUCGUAAUCAGUGGUUUCUUGACAGUAAUUACUUUUGUUCGAGAAAUUACGAAAGAAAAACUUUCCUCUCGUUUUCUCAUUCGUUAUUACAUUCAUCGAUAUAUUCGUCUUACGCCGACGUUUCUUCUUGUUUUGCUUAUCAGCAUCAAUUUAACAGCAUAUUUUGGUCGCGGACCUAUUUAUCCAUCUAUAGAAGGAUUCGAAUCCGAGGGAUGUCGACAGCAUGGUUGGUGGACAGCCAUACUCUAUGUUGGCAAUUUAGUUCAUGUCAAUGAUAUGUGUCUAGGUGUUUCAUGGUAUCUUUAUAAUGACAUGCAAUUUCAUUGGAUUGCACCUCUGGCGCUCAUUCCAUUCGUUAUCGGUCGAAAAUCGAUUGGAUACUUUGUUACCACCAUUUAUAUUCUUAUCGUUAUUGGUCCAAUUGUUGGCAUUCUGCUUUAUUAUCCGAAUAUGUCAUUGAGCCUUUUCGCAGAUGCCACGAACUUGAAUGGUCCUAGCUUUCUCAACAAAAUCUACAUUGCCCCAUGGUGUCGUAUUUCAGCUUAUGCUAUUGGCCUUCUAACUGGUUUUGUUCUUAUCAAUACUGGUCAUUCAUAUCGUUCAAAUACCUGAACACUAACAGGUUCAAUUCAUGCUACUCGACGUCAUGGUACUGAAAUUGAAAACAACAUUCGAAUACUACGUGAAGCAUGUAUUGAAGCUGAGCAAUCUGACUUUAAUCUUUCGUUACGUAGCUUUAUAGAAAAUAUACACAGAACUAAACGAACAGUUAUAUGUGAUUCUCGAUCAGAAACUAUUAAAACUCAAGUACGUGUUUGUACUCGAGAUGCGGAUCCUGUUGCAUUGAAGCAAAUACAAGAAUCAAUAAACAAUAAUAAUAUUGAACUAUUUAAAACAUGCUAUGUUGGCUCUAAUCGAUUUAUCACUUCAUCAAGUCAUGAAGCAUCCAAAUUUACUGAUUCUUGUAUCUUAUUUGUUGUUAAUUGUAAAAAUUAA